UGAUCUCUCACGCGCGGCGAGGCCCCCUCGUGGUCACCGACAGACCCGCGGAACAGAGACGUGGCCGCCACGUGCCGCCAAACCCCGGACCGAGUCCUCCUUCACUUGAGUUGACAACUACAACAAACUCCGCUGUCACCACACCCACCUGUGUCGACAACUGCCUCAGAAGUUACUCCAACAGUAGAAGGACGUGAGCGUAGCUGGCUUCAGCCAUCGCAGUCAGGAUUAGCAGCAGCAGCGGCAGCAGCAGCAAGCAUCACCACCUCCGUAACUACCAGCAUCACCACCAAAGAUUCUCCACUCCCUCACUCCCUCAUUCACUCACCCACCGACAGAUGCACAGCGAGCGCCCUAAAACUUUUACCUCCGUCGCUCUUGGAAGCAGGAGCGACGCAUCACCGUAAAUAUACCUACCAGACACCAUCACCCUUUCGAAGCAGUAUCAUCGUAUCACCGUAAACUAUCUACCACACGCCUUCAUCCGCUUGAAGCAGUAUCAUCGCAUCACGGCCAUAUAUCUACCGGACGCCAUCUCCCACUCGAAGCAGUAUCAUCACCAGCAGUAGGCGUUGGACACCGCCUUAACUUAACCAUCACCGUCAUAACGCCCUAACCACCUGUGUUGUCGCCUUCUGGAAAUAUAGCAGCACACCAUUCCCAUCACCACUCGAGAGGUAGUAUCGGCAUUUUCAAUAGUGGAAGCAGUAUCAGCAGCAGCAUUGUCAGCAGCUGAAGCCAUAUCAGCAGCAGCAGAAGCACACAAGGAAUAUCGUCAGCAUCAGCAUCAGUAUCGUCAGUAUCAAUAGCAGCAUAAGUAGCAGCAGUUCAGCGUGUUGCAGUCAGCCGUCCUCGGUAGGAAGGCCGUGGCGGUGACGGUGACGUGCCGUGCCGUGUCGUGACGUGCCGUGACGGUGCCUUGCUGUGACGUGCCGUGACGUGCCGUGACAGUGACGUGACGUGACGUGCCGUGGAGAUGGCCCCCCGCUUCUCCCUGCACAAGUGGCCUGCCCGCUGGUUAAGGAACCCCACUGCCCGCCGCUGUCUCCUGCUGCUCCUGGUGUUGGCGCUGCUGUGGGGGUUCACUUUGGUCAACGUGUCCCUGGUCACUGCGCCACAGAAGGAUAGCGGCUUGCUCAAGGCGGAGAUCGUUCAGCUGAGUGAGGAGUACAUCAAGGCUCUGGCCAGAGAGAACGGGGAUGUGGUGGACGGGCCCUACGCAGGGAGAUUCACGGCUUUUGACCUGAAGAAGACGAUCGCGGUACUGCUAGAGUCCAUGAUGUCCCGGAUCAGCCGUCUGGAGAUGUUCCUUGACGCGGCCACCAACGGCUCCUUCCUUCACGCCAACGCCUCCGCCCACCACAUAGCCCUCAAGGCUCGCGAGCAGCUCUCAGCCAAAGUGGAUGCGUCAGAUGUGGAAGUCGGACGCGUGUUACCGGAGUUAUGGCGUGGACGGCUCUGACUGCUCGAUCAUCAUGUACCUCAGUGAGGUGGAAGGUUUCUGUCCGCGAGCUCCCUGGGCCGGCUACAAGAACAAGACGAUGGUGGACAACAGGGUUGUUUAUGCUGCCAUCACCUUGGACAUGCAGCCUCUAAUGAACAUCCUAGUUGACCCGAACGAGCGACAAGGUUACGCCUGGAUACGUAUGAGGAUCUCUCGUAUGUGGCACCGCUGGACUCAGGCGGCCAACAGUCUCGCUGCCAAACACAACUUUGAGAACAGGGUCAAGCAGAAGAUCUUGGUGCAUCUGGGCCUCCUGAGCAAGCAAUCUGGCUGGAAGUUUGCAGAGAUGCAAUUUAAAGGCGGCCCUCUGGGUGAGCUGGUCCAGUGGAGUGAUCUUAUCUCCACCCUGUACAUCCUGGGCCACGAACUGACCAUCACCAGCGAGGUGGAGCAGCUAGUCGAGAUACUGAACCACAUCCCGGCGGCCCAGUCUCCGUGCCAGAGCCGUAAGGAGCUGCCGGUACAUCUCAUCUACACAGACAUCAUGGGCCUUAUACAGUUCAAGAAGAGGUUAAAAGCCGGGUACUCAAAGUUCAGUUGUCUGUUCCGAGUCCUCGACUCGUUCGGCACCGAGCCCGCCUUCAACCACAGGGCCUUCGCCAAACAGAACAAAAUCCUUUCUUCCUGGGGAGGUCAAGAUCUCAGCCCUCGACAGUUUUACACCAUGUUCCCUCAUUCCCCCGACAACUCGUUCAUGGGUUUUGUGGUGGAUCAGAUCCUCAACGACACUACCAACUACACCGCCACCAAACGGAACAUAGCCCUGGUCUACGGCAAGAACGACUACAUGUGGCAGGGCAAGCGCAGCUACCUGGACGCCAUCCACUCCCGCCUGGAGGUCCACGGCACGGUGUACGCCGACAAGGGCCAGAAGCUACAGCACGUCCCGAGCUACGUGGUCAACCACGGCAUCCUCUCGGGCCUGGAGCUGCACCAGCUCCUACAGCAGGCAAAGGUGUUUGUGGGUCUAGGUUUUCCCUACGAGGGUCCCGCCCCCCUGGAGGCCGUGGCCAAUGGGGCGGUGUUCCUGAACCCUGUGUUUGAUCCCCCCCACAGCAGCAAAAACCACAAGUUCUUCAAAGGGAAACCCACACACAGAGAGCUGGGUUCCCAGCACCCGUACGCAGACACGUUCAUCGGAGAGCCGUACGUGUACACCAUAAACAUCAACAAAACCAAGGACGUGGAGGCGGUUCUGGACAAAAUUCUCUCCACACAUAAAUUCACCAGCUUCUUGCCGUUUGAGUACACGGAGGCUGGAAUGUUGCAGAGGAUCAACGCUUUCAUUCAAAACCAAAAUUUUUGCUCCUUCUCUCGGAAAGCUGCGAAGUGGCCUCCUAAAGAAUCAGUGGAGUUUACUUUAGGUGACGCGGGGCGUUCUUGUAAGGAUGUCUGUUGGAAGACAGGCCGCCUCUGUGAACCGGAGUAUUUCCCAGAAAUCAACAGCGAGGACGCUAUCCGUAAUUUCACGGAGUGCAAGUCGACGGGUCACUCGUCCAACAUUUACUACCCGGCCGUGGACCCCAGCAGCGGCGCGUGCACCAGACAGGACGAGAGCUUGCUGUUCAGCUGUGUGGGGAACAUGGACUCGCUGCGGCGUCUGUGUCCGUGUCGCGACUUCCUGUCAGGCCAGAGCGCCCUCUGUGUGGGCUGUGAGAGUUGAUGACGAGCCUCGUUGUCUGCCCAGUGUGUGUGUGUGUGUGUGUGUGUGUGUGUUAGUGUCUGUGUGUGUGUGUGUGUGUGUGUGUCUGU